CUGUUAGACUGGGCGUUUCAUGUCAUCAACCUACAUUUUGCUUCUAAUGUGUUGGGUAGCCGACAUAUUACGAUUAAAUACUUGCUGAAAGCAAAUUGUAUCCAAGAAAAAUUGCGGCAAAAGUGCUGAUCCAAGAUAAAAUGAUGUCACAAUCAAUCAAUUUGAACGCACAAGAUAUCAACACUAAAUCAUAGUAAACCUGCAUAGCACCUAACUCGCCCAUCUAGACACAAUGGCGGGUAUGACUAAUUCUGAGUCAGAAACUUCAGAUGAUGAGUAUGUUAAGCUGAGUUAUGACGAUCGCUCCACGCUUGCUGAAGUUGACGUUGGUGUCCCCUGGUCAGUUCCGCUUGCUGAAGUUGACGUUAGUAUUCCCUGGUCAGUUCUGACUAACUUCGGUAUUGCAGCACACCUUAAGUCUAAUGGAAUCACUGUGGUGAAAGAAAAUACGCACACUGACACUGCAACGUUUGAAUGCAAACCAGAAAACAGGCAUUUAAUUAAAUCUGUAUUUGACCAGUUCAUUAAUACGUCUCUACGCUCACAAAAGGUCCGGUUCAGAUCGGAUUUAGCAGAAACACUUUUGAUUAACAACGGAAGAAUUAAUGGUCAAGUGUUCGAUUACAUAUGUAACGUAUACAGAAAUCAGAACGUGCGCGUAUAUAGGUGCACACUGUCUGGACAUUUUUAUGUUUGCGGCAAAUCACAAUCAGAUGUGAAUGAGGCGACACAAGUCAUUUCACAAUCAAUUGUUGAAAUUGUGUUAACAAAAACAGAAUUAAAACAAGUUGAGACACACAUAUCAAGAUGGAGUGGUAAUUGUAAGCUAUUCAAACAUUUUUCAAGUGAAUUUGCUACCAAAUUCGUGGCAACAAGGGAUGUCAUGGAAGAUUUGGAUGGCAAUGCUAAGCUGGAUCAGAUAAUCAAGAAUCCUUAUAUUGAAGCUGCGCUUAUGUCAGAUUGUGGUCAGAUUAAGGAGAAGGUUAUGGAACUUGCGACCACGCUUUGUGUCACUGUUUUACCCUACAAGGAGCACACAGGUAUGCUGAAGAUCGUAGGUACAAAGCAACACGUCACACAAUUUACGUCGGAAGCAAGAACCGUGUUUGCCCAAAAGGAUUACAAGUGUACGGCACCUGCGUCCAAUAUUUAUUUAAUUGAUGAUGAAGUUAAACGAAUAUCUCAUAAGUAUCACUGCACAGUGGACAUAAACGUCACAAUGACAGAUGCUGAUUCAAUUGGAGCGAGACCGAUUGCUAGUUGGGUAGAUGUUGACGGAAUAGGAUUGCAUUUAGUCCAGGGAGAUCUGUUGAAGUUGAAGGUGGACGCUGUAUUGCUACUAACUACCACAUUAGGAGUCCCCGUGUGUGACUUAUUAAAACAAUCUUUAAAGAAAUGUUUCAUAAAUGCAUCGGGAACAGCUUCGUGCACAAAGUUAAAACUCGGAGAAACGUUCGUCAAGCAGGCAACGAAAGAUAACCCAUGCAUAGUUAUGCUUGCUGUGGCAAACCCUUCAAGUGACAGUAUGGACAGUGUGGUGAACUCUAUAACACAAUUCUUCAAAGAUGUGCUUAAUGGUGACAAGUACAAAUCAGUAUCAAUACACGCAUCAACGACUGAUUGUCAUGCUCCAGAUUUUUUGCAACAAUUUAUGAAUGCCGCGUACACGAGUAAGCUUCAGUGCUACAUUUGUUGUACACCUGACGAAAAUGCCGCCUCUAUUGCCAACGUGAUAAACCAACAUCACCUGCUUGAACAGAUGUUUAUGCGUUUAAGGCGAAUAUAUGCGAUGGACAUGCAGUUUGAAGGCUUCUAUCCUUUGGAGAUUGAUGUCCGGAGUGGUUCGCUCAUAGAACAACGGGUAGAAGCUAUUGUGAACACGGUCAAUCGCAAAUUAGUUCUCAACAAGGGUAAAAUCUCCGCUCUAAUUCUUAAACAUGGCGGUACGUCCAUUCAGACGGAAUGCAACGAAAGAUGUAAAGGUGAAUUACCUGAAGGACAGUGCGUUGUAACAGAGGCGGGAUCUCUGAAGACGAAAGGAAUAAAACGUAUAAUUCACUGCGUGCUGCCAAAGUUCCAGAAAAAUACCUUUCAGAUGGUCAUAAACAGAAUGGUGAAGCUGUGUCUGUUAGAAGCAGACCGACAUACGAGUACAGCGAUUGCAAUCCCGCUUAUUGGUACUGGUCGAAAUAAGUAUCCUAUGCGUGACACUAUGUAUGCCAUGAUAGCCGCUGCAAAAGAAUACGAGAUCGAGCGUGUUUGUGCUCAUCUUGAAACUGUGUUGUUUGUCGCGCCUGAAAGUGAUUUUAUGCAAGUAAAAGCUGUCAACGAAGAUACAUUUUCUGGCGAUCUCAUCAUAAGCAAAGAAACACCAGCACUAAUUCCAGGGCUGUAUCAGCAGUUAAGCAUUAAGGGAGAAAAUGUUUUCGUACAUGUUACAAACAUAUCGACAGUAAAGCGCAUGCCAGUCUCUACAGUUAUGUUCGAUGUUACGGAUACGAAUGGAGUUUUUCUUUUACGUGGACCUGGACUUUUCUUAUCUCAGUUUAGUAAUACCUCUGACGCGAUCAAAGCAUGUGAGGGCAAGUCUGUAACAAGACUGGCCCUACGGUUGGGUCACGACACAACUGAGCGCUGCAUGGUUGCAAUUCGCUCAAUAAUUGAUGGAAUAAACACGGCAAGCUCCUACGAGUACCUACAACAUGUGUUCAUUAUUCUUCCAAACCGUAUUUACAAUGACACAAUCUAUAAGUUAACUGAAGUCACCACAAAGUCACAGCGGUUGUCAUCGCUAUUUUUUGCACCCGAAUGGUUACCAAAAGAAGACAACGCGGUUGUCGCAAGAGUCACGGUUUUAGGACUUGCAAACGAAGCAGUGGACGCAUGUUUCACGCAUAUCAAUGCGAUGAUACAGGGUGAUUUAUGUCCGACUAAAGAAACGAACGUGGAUGAUGACUUUGUUAAUAUUAGUUUUGAACACAAUAUGAACUCAGAAGUGAGCCAAACGGAAUUGUAUGAGAUGACUGCAUUAAUAAACUGUGGGAUAAUUCAGUAUUUGUUAGAGUCAGAGCGCCUAGACACCUGGUUACAGGAUGUUAAGACAAUAUUCGGACUGAAAAUUAUCAAAAACCUUUCGGAAAUAAAAGUGGCAGGGACUUUCGAUGCCAUUAUUGAAAUUGAAAAAUACCUGCUAAAUGAGUUUCCUAGAAGUCCUUCAACGCGUAACCAAGGGCAUAAAAUCAAUACAUCUAAUACCAGACAAAAUCCGAGCACACCAUUGAGUUCAAUGGCGACGUUGUCUGAAUCAAAAGGCAAUGAUUAUUACACGUAUGAUUUCGGAAAUGUGAAUGUUAAACUAACUAUCGGUGACAUUUUACAAUGUAACGAGAACUGUGUUGUUUCCCCUACUCACAAGACUAGUGAGAAAAAGUUUUGGCUAUCAAAAAGCCUUUUCGAACGUGGUGGCGAUGCGUACAGAAAACUGUUUGCAGUGAAAAAAGAAAAGCUAUAUCCCAACGAAUGUUGCGUGACAAAAGCGGAUGCCCUUUCAUGUAAACGAGUUAUUCACGUACGCGUUCCGAAGUUCAAAGCGUGUAAUAACGACACACAAUUGCUGCUAGAGGGAAUCUUUUUGAACUGUUUUGAAACUGCAUCUGCAUAUGGAUACAACAGCAUUGCUAUUCCUGCUAUCGGAACGGGAAAUGGUUCGGACAUUGAAAUAUUAGAACUUAGUGCCCAGCAAAUUGCUAGAGCGAUUGGCGAUAUUAACCGAAACAACACUUUGCUGAAUCACAUACAUAUAGUUCUUGAAACAAAGGAAUAUUUAGAAGUAUUUGAUAAAUUGAUAAAAACUAUAGACAGUGAAAGUGCGCCCAAUGUAUGCAAAAAUUUACCUCCAGUGCAGAGAAGAAACGUAAAAGUUGUAUUCCAACACGGAAACGAAUGUAAUAUCGACACACUAAUUGUACAUGAUGGCGGAAAUAUCUCGAUCAAAAGUUUCGAUGAUUUCAUGGAAAAUUCUAAAAGUGUAAAUGUCAAGCAAAGUAUUGGCAGCAAUUUUGCCAGCAUUAGGAAUGUGUUGUCGUGUGACCUACCAUUAUGGAAUCCAGAAAUAUUCGACGAUAUAUUAGUCUUCGGAAGACAUGUUCAACAAAUAUCAGAAUCUAUUUUUGAGAUGGUUAUACAAAAUAAAUGGCGGUCAAUUGGUAUUCCAUUGUUUGGAAAAAGCGUCGACGAAAGGCGCUUUCAGUCACCCGUACGACAGUCAAGUGCAGCAAUUGUACGAGGAUUGAAGGCGUUGGAAGUAAAAUUGAAGUCACAGCUUGAAAUCUAUAUUAUCUGUGACAACGGUGCACAUUUAAAGAUGUUUAACGACAUCUUACAAAGAGAAUUACUGUAAUUAUAACAUUGGAAUGAUACAUGAACACGGACAUCACAAUUGUGUUAUAAUGCCUUAAAUGAUCAUAUACCAAUGUGGCGGAGUUUCAACGUAUCUAAAUGUUUUAAAACAAGUUACUAUUUUAAAUAAAAUUGAUGGAAUAAUACAAUGCGAGACAUUCGUGUGAACACAUCGUGUGCAAUUUCGAUUCGUUAUUGAAGUAAAUUUUGCAACACUGUAAUCAAUUUAAAGUCUGCGUACUGUUUACGGUUUAUUAGGAAUAUAAUUGCUGUUUAUAUUAAUCCUUAUAAAAACAUAGUCUCUACGUCGUAAUACUUUGGAAUAUUAAUGCACAUGUGAAAAAAAGUUUUUGUUUCUGUUUCAUACCGUGUGUGUGCGAACAUUUUUCUCGGCGUUUAUUGUAUGUAGUGGAUGACAUAUUCGUUUUAGCUAUUGUAUAUGUGCUUUUUGUACCCCGCCAAGAGCGUGGGGUAUAGAAUUGGCAUGGUCGGAGAGUCAAUCUAUCCCUCCGUCCGGCUGUCACACACUUGUCAGUGCUUUAUUUUAUAAACUAUAUAAUGUAUCAAUAUGAUAAUUCACGUGUGUGUUGAAAUCAAUGUGAAAGUGUUAUGCACAUGCACUAUAACCAUACACUUCCUUCUAAAUAUUUUUUUUUGUUUGUGUUUGUUUGCAUAUGAUAUAACUUUUCAUGGAUAUCUUUCAUAUAGGAUACAGUAUUUCAACAAGAAACGUCAUGGGUGUAAACAUGUCAUUUGGGAGAAUUAUGUCGUACAAGAUCCAUAAAUCAACUCUCAAAUACGAUUUAUUGCCCUUUGUUGUUCGAUACGAUGCAACUGUUCAGGGCAAGAUCUCAGAUAAUCAGAUUUUAAGAUGAAACUUCAUGUGCGCAAAAAUAUCACGUAGGAAAAUUGCAAUGCAUAAAGCAACACUUCACUAAAUUAGUAUUUAGGAUUACACCGUAUAUCAAGGGAUUCACACCAGUCCAUAAACACAAUCAAUUUGGCUGGGGACAGCAAUUCAAUAAAGUUACUUGUUUAGCAUUUUAUUUUUGGACGCAACGGUAGCCACAGUAUUAACAAAAUACUUGAUUCGCACAUAAUUAUAGUUUGCCUUUCAACAGAGAGAGAUCCAGAUAGCUUACUCCAGAUAUCAUCUGCAAUUUCCCUACAAGAAAUUCACUCAAGGUGUGCACAAACGUGCUAAUAAACUGUCCAUUGUUCAAAUAACUUUAUAUAUAAAUUGGACGUAGAGGGGUUUUAAUAAAUGAAAGAAAGCAAAUUCGUUUUAUCAUUUUUAACACAUGCCGUUCAUGUAUCGUCAAAACGUUUCAAGCAUUAGUGGCAAUAUUGUUAUAAACUUAUGACUUAAAAGAUUUCAUGUUGACGAAUGUGUGCAGGCCUGCUUGUAUUGGCAAUUGUUUUAUUCCCAUUAUUGUAUUAUCGUUAUUACACAUAUUUUGAUGAUUGUAUGUUUUAAGUUAGCACGCACUAAAUUAAUUGCUGUUUGGAGCUUACAUGAGCACAACGUGCUGAUGGUGAGCUUCCGUGGUCGCCUUUAAUUCGUCGGCCAUCAUGCGUGGUCAACAUUAACCUUAUGGGCGUUCUAGAAGACACAUUUAUUGCCCAAUAUUCAUGAACAUUGGUCAGAAUAUUUGUCCCAAUAUAAUCUUAGCUGAUCUUGAAACUAGGUAACGUUGAGACCAAGUCUCUAGAGCAAGUAAAAAAACGUGGAGACAAUAGAGGCUUCUUUUUUGUUUUUGCUUGAUUUUAAUGAAACCUGGUCAGAACAAUUGUUUUUAUGAAAUCUCAUCAGAGCUUUAAACUUGGUAACGUAUAAUUUUACACUACGUCAAUUUUUUUUUUAAGCCGUCGAACACUUUAGACACCAUAUUAAUCGACCAAUUUACUUUAAAACUUGUUCAGAACAUUCGCCCAAAUUAUUACUCAGCAAAGUUUUAAAAGGGGGCAUAUGGGGUAAAAAAUACUUGGUCAAAUGAAUGACGUCACUUUUCUGCGAAGAGUGUUAACAAUAAAGUAUUGUGCAAUAAGGCUGGCAUUUUUCAUGAUGUGCCUUUAUUACAACCAUUUGAAUGAUCUUUACGUCGUAAGAUUCACCCAUGAAACACGCUCAGAACAUUCUAACAGUUGUUUUUUAUGGUCUCUGGCAGGCGUUCGAAAAAUAUUGUGGUGUGAUCAAAAGCCUGGUUAAUCUUGUGGGAAACCGUGUGAACGCCACAAGCCAAAUUGUUUAUUUAAUUGAGGUCUCAGGUGAGUUCCGUAUGGUAUUAAGUCCGCUUCUUUGAAUAAAUCUGUGUAUGUUGCUUAAAAUGAGUGCAUGUGUUCGGACUAUGCGACAUUUAUCUUGUUGUUAAAGAUUUAUUGUCCCCUACCGGUUUCACCGGAGGGGACUUAUGGUUUGCGCUCUGUGUGUCCGUGAGUCCGUCACACUUUUCUGGAUCCUGCGUUAACAUAAAAAGUUCAUUUUUUUCAUGAAACUUGAAACAUUAAUAGAUGGCAAUAUGGACAUAAUGACGUCAUUUCAUUAUGUUCCUACGUCAAAAAUUAUGGUUGCUAUGGCAACAAAUAUUUAUAAAAAAAUAUGACAAUGGUGGAGCCGGUAGGGGACAUAUAUUGCUUGGCAAUAAUCUUGUUAAUAAUAUGUCUUGUUAUAGUGCAUGUUUUAUAAUUGUAAUGAAAAAUAUAUCAUGUUCAUUUACUAAAUACCUCUCAAGUACAGCUACUUUACGUAACUUAUAUGCUUUCUUCCAACUUAGUAACUGAUGCAUACUAACAAAAACACUUGAAAGUUGAAUGUUAAGGUUUUGUAUUUAAUUGGUUAUUAAAUUGAUACAUUAACAUUGAUAAAAAGUAUAAUGAGGAAUCGCAGGCUUUGACGAAUAAUGAAAUAAUCAUUUGGAACAUUAUGUUGUUGUUUUUAUAUUACGAUUUAUUUGAGAAAAUAAAAGACCUUACUUGA